AGUGUGAAGAUAUCCAAGAGUAAAUUUGCACAUGGUGGAUAUAGCCAUGGAAGCAGUUUUGGGGGCCACAGUGGUUGGAAAAGUAAUGGCCUGCUUAGCACUAAUGAGAAGGAGACCAUGCAGAUCCUGAAUGACAGACUUUCAUCCUAUCUGGAGAAGGUGCGCUCACUGGAACAGGAAAAUGCUCAGCUGGAGAGGAAGAUCUCUGAGUGGUAUGAAAACAAUGCACCCAGCUCAUUACCUGACUCCAGUCAGUACUUUAGAAUUAUCCGGGAACUACAGAACCAGAUUUCUGCAGCAACUGUGGAGAAUGCCAGAAUUGUUUUGCAGAUUGACAAUGCCAGACUAGCUGCUGAUGACUUCCGGGUCAAGUAUGAGAUGGAGCGUAAUCUAAACAACAGCGUUCAGGCUGAUAUCAGUAGUCUGCGUGGAAACCUAGCUAUGAAUAGAGAGAAUUGUGACUUGGAGAACCAGGUUCAAAACCUUCAGGAAGAACUGCAGCAGAUGAAGAGGAAUCAUGAGGAGGAAGUUAACUGCCUCCGUGCUCAACUGGGUGCCAGAGUCAAUGUAGAACUGAAUGCUGCACCUUCUGUAGAUCUAAACGCAGCUUUGAAUGAAAUCAGGGAACAAUAUGAAAACCUAAUGGAGAGGAACAUGAAUGAGCUGAGGCCAUUUAUCUCUUUCUAUCUUCAGAGUGAAGAACUCAAUCGUCAAGUAACAUGUGGGUCAGAACAGCUGGAGUCUAUCACAUCUGAGCUUAUUGAAUUGAAGCGCUGUGCACAAACCCUGGAGAUUGAGCUGCAAGAGUCAGCUAAGCAUGGUACAAAUAAUAACAUAGAGAACACUUUGGCGGAGACAGAGGCCAGUUAUGGUUCCCAGCUGACCCAGUUACAAGGUCUGAUUGACAAUGUGGGCCAGAUGGCACAGAUCAGAUGUGACCUGGAGCGCCAGAACAAGAAGUUUUCUGAACACAUGUCUUGUGGAAAUCAGGCAGCUGAGGCCUCCUAUAAUCCUGGAUGCAAAGUAGGAUUCAACAUGCUGAUGUGCAAAGAUAACCUCAUCCAGGAACUGACCAUGCUGUUUAUACCUUCACUGGACAGAUUGCUAUCUGCCUGUUCAGAGUUAUGCCAGGAAGUUCAGGGAGUUGUGAGAGGCACCAAACCAAUAAUGACCAUGUGUGAAGAUAACAAGGAAAAUUCUAUUACUGAGUACCCAAUACAGCGUGGCUAUGUGAAGUAUGCUCACAAUCUAACUGUUCUCAUAUUGGACUCUCAUAACGGCUGCUCAGAGGAUAUAUCUCUUGGAUCACUGAGACUCCCACCUAAGACUGCAGAAACAUGCCAUGAGAUAUCCAGAAGUUUUUCUUCACUUCAUCCAAGAGGUUUUAAAAAGAUUCAAACUGCUUCUGCCAAUAAACCAGUAAUUAUCUUUGAACCAUCAGCAUCAAAAGUGACUUCUCUCCCCAAAUACCAUUCUUUCAAACAUGGAUUUGAUUUUGGGCAUGUUCAUUGCAACAAUAGCAAAGAAAAUAACUUUAAAAACCCUAAAGUCCAGACUGAUCAGAAGAAACAAAGCCUGAUCAUUUCUAGUGAAAAGGAAACCAUGAUGCUUCUGAAUGACCGACUUGCUAUGUAUUUGCAGAAGGUACACUCAUUGGAGAAAGCAAAUGCUGAAAUGGAGAAAAAGAUCCGUGAGUGGUAUGAUAAACAUCACCCCCAAACAUUACCUGAUUUCAACAACUAUUUUGGUACCAUUGAAGAGCUCCAAAAUCAGAAGGUGAAAUAUCUCCACACCCAUCUGGGGGCCAGAGUCAAUGUGGAAGUGGAAACUGCUCCAGCCAUAGACUUAAGUGAGAUCUUGUCUGAGAUUCGAGACCAAUAUGAAGAGCUGAUGGAGAGCAACAAAACAGAGGCUGAAAACUGGUUUAUUGCAAAGACUGAAGAGCUGAAGCGAGAGGAAAUGUAUGGUUUGGAACAUCCUCAGAUAUUUAAAAGUGAAAUUAUCAAAUUAAAUCGCCAUAUACAGAGUCUGGAGGUUGACCUAAAAAGCCAGCUAAGCACGAAAUCAUCACUGGAAAACACAUUGACCGAGACAAAGACCAGUUAUAGUUCUCAGCUUGCAGAGUUGCAGGAUCUGAUAAACAAAAUGGAGGCUAAAUUAGCGAAAAUACGUUCAGAGCAGGCGCGGCAGAAACAAGAAUACAAGAUUCUAAUGGAUGCGACAAUGUAUCUGGAAAAGGAAAUCAGUACAUACAGACUUCUUCUUGAAAAACAGGAUAUCCAGUACGUAAGAGUGGUAUGA